GCGGCGCGCUGCGGGGCGGCCGACGCAGGCAGAAGCGGUCGUCGCGCGGGCUGCCGGUCGGCGCUGCGUGGAGCUGGCCGCGCGAUUGGUCGCGGCCCUCGCGUGUCAGCCGGUUGCCAAGCUCCGGCCGCGCGCCCCGCCCUCGCGCUCGGCGCCCUCUCACCGCCCGGCUCUGGGUGCUCUGAGAUGGAGCAGGUGUGCAGAGGGUGAGGACCCACCUGUGGGACCACAUCGUUUCCCUCCCUUCCUGUCGACCGUCGGCUUGAGCAGACUCAGCCUGGGAUGAGGAUGUCUGUGGACUUUUCGCUGCUGCUUCCCCUCUGGGGGAGGACCUUUCUACUUCUGCUUUUGGUGGCUGUGGCUCAGUGCCACUGGCCCAGUGAACCUUCAGAGGCUGUCAGGGACUGGGAACAUCAGCUCGAGGCAUCCAUGCACUCGGUGCUCUCAGACCUCCACGAGACUGCUCCCACGGUGGUGGGCAUUCCUGAUGGCACAGCUGUUGUUGGGCGCUCAUUUCGAGUGACCAUUCCAACAGAUUUAAUCUCUUCCAAUGGAGAAGUCAUCAAGGUUUCUGCAGCGGGAAAGGAGGCCUUGCCAUCCUGGCUGCACUGGGACCCACGGAGCCACACCCUCGAGGGCCUCCCCCUCGACACCGACAAGGGUGUCCACUACAUCUCCGUGAGUGCCGCUCGGCUGGGGGCCAAUGGGAGCCACACCCCGCAGGCCUCCAGUGUGUUCUCCAUUGAGGUCUCCCCAGAGGAGCACAGCGAACCACAGUCCAUGCGGGCAGCCUCGGCAGACCCCGGGGAGGUGCUGCCAUCUGCCUGUGCUGCCGACGAGCCUGUGACUGUCCUCACGGUGAUUCUGGACGCUGACCUCACCAAGAUGACACCAAAGGAGAGGCUCGACCUCCUGCACAGGAUGCAGAGCUUCUCACAAGUGGAGCUUCACAGCAUGAAGCUGGUGCCAGUGGUGAAUAACAGACUGUUUGACAUGUCCGCUUUCAUGGCCGGCCCAGGAAACGCCAAGAAGGUGGUCGAGAAUGGGGCCCUGCUUUCCUGGAGGCUGGGCUGCUCCUUGAGCCAGAACAAUGUGCCUGACAUACGUGGUGUGGAGGCCCCUGCCAGGGAGGGGGCCAUGUCUGCCCAGCUUGGCUAUCCUGUGGUGGGUUGGCACAUCGCCAACAAGAAGCCCCCUCUCCCCAAACGCAUUCGGAGGCAGAUCCAUGCCACGCCCACACCUGUUACUGCCAUUGGGCCUCCGACUACGGCCAUCCAGGAGCCGCCGUCCAGAAUCGUGCCCACCCCCACAUCUCCAGCCAUUGCACCUCCGACAGAGACCAUGGUCCCUCCAGUCAGGGACCCAGUUCCUGGGAAGCCCACAGUCACCAUUCGGACUCGAGGUGCCAUUAUUCAGACCCCAACACUUGGUCCCAUCCAGCCCACCCGUGUGGCAGAAGCUGGCACCACAGUUCCUGGCCAGAUCCGCCCAACAGUGACCAUUCCUGGCUACGUGGAGCCUACAGCAGUCAUUACCCCUCCCACAACGACCACCAAAAAGCCACGAGUCUCCACACCAAAACCAGCCACGCCUUCAACUGAUUCUUCAACCACCACGACUCGAAGGCCAACCAAGAAGCCACGGACACCUCGACCGGUCCCCCGGGUCACUACCAAAGCCCCCGCCACCAGGUUGGAGACAGCCUCCCCACCUACUCGCAUCCGCACCACCACCAGCGGGCUGCCCCGAGGAGGAGAGCCCAACCAGCGCCCCGAGCUCAAGAACCACAUCGACAGAGUCGACGCCUGGGUCGGCACUUACUUUGAGGUGAAGAUCCCAUCAGAUACCUUCUAUGACCAUGAGGACACCACUACGGACAAGCUGAAGCUGACGCUGAAGCUUCGGGAGCAGCAGCUGCUCGGUGAGAAGUCCUGGGUCCAGUUCAACAGCAACAGCCAGCUCAUGUACGGCCUGCCGGACAGCAGCCAUGUGGGCAAGCACGAGUACUUCAUGCACGCCACGGACAAAGGGGGCCUGUCCGCCGUGGACGCCUUCGAGAUCCACGUUCAUCGGCGCCCGCAAGGGGACAAGGCGCCCGCACGCUUCAAGGCGAAGUUUGUGGGUGACCCAGCACCCGUGGUGAGCGACAUCCACAGGAAGAUCGCCCUGGUAAAGAAGCUGGCCUUUGCCUUUGGGGACCGAAACUGUAGCACCGUCACUCUGCAGAAUAUCACCCGGGGCUCCAUUGUGGUGGAGUGGACCAACAACACGCUGCCCAUGGAGCCCUGUCCCAAAGAGCAGAUCGCGGGACUGAGCCGGAGGAUCGCCGAGGACGACGGCCGACCCCGGGCUGCCUUCUCCAACACGCUGGAGCCCGACUUCAAGGCUGUGAGCGUCUCUGUGGUGGGCUCUGGUAGCUGCCGGCACCUCCAGUUUAUCCCCGUGGCACCGCCCAGGAGGGUGACCUCAGUGGCGCCACCCACAGAGGUGCCGGACAGGGACCCCGAGAAGAGCAGCGAGGACGAUGUCUACCUGCACACGGUCAUUCCUGCGGUGGUGGUCGCGGCCAUCCUGCUCAUCGCAGGCAUCAUCGCCAUGAUCUGCUAUCGCAAGAAGCGCAAGGGCAAGCUCACGCUGGAGGACCAGGCCACCUUCAUCAAGAAGGGGGUGCCCAUCAUCUUUGCGGACGAGCUGGAUGACUCGAAGCCCCCGCCCUCCUCCAGCAUGCCCCUCAUCUUGCAGGAGGAGAAAGCGCCCCUCCCCCCUCCCGAGUACCCCAACCAGAAUGUGCCCGAGACCACUCCUCUGAACCAGGACACGGUGGGAGAGUACACACCCCUGCGGGAUGAGGAUCCCAACGCCCCCCCCUACCAGCCGCCCCCGCCCUUUACAGCCCCCAUGGAGGGCAAGGGCUCCCGCCCCAAGAACAUGACCCCUUACCGGUCGCCCCCUCCGUAUGUCCCCCCGUAACCCACAAGCGCCUGGGUGGAGGCAGGGGUAGGGCAGGGCCCAUAAGACAACGCGGUGUUGUCUGCGGAGACCAUCAGCCACUGGGAGCCGACACCUGACCUAGCACACACUGACACAGGGCCUGGACGAGCCUGCCCUCUGGUCCUCCUUAACUUACCCCAAAGGAGCUGGAGAGGCUUUGGGGACAGUUUUACUUUUUUUUUUUUUUUUUUUUUUUUUUUUUGCCUAACAGCUUUUUGUUUGUUCAUAGAGAAUUCUUUGCUGCGUUCUUGAUGGCUGGCUCUGAAAGCACUGUUGGAGUAGAGGGAGAAGGGAGGGAGGGAGGGAGGGACCGCGAAUGAACUCGCAGGCAGUGCUGGGUGGCCUCCCGGCUCUCUGCGUCUUGCCUUUAACACUAAUUGUACUGUUUUUUCUAUUCACGUGUGUCUAGCUGCAGGAUGUAACAUGGAAACAGUAGCUAAAGAUUAAGUUCAAAGGACUUUCAGAAGUUAAGGUUCAGUUUUUACAUUUAAUCUGCUGUUUACCUAAACUUGUAUGUAUAAUUUUGGGGUGGGUAUGGGGAAUUGCUUUGCUAAAAAUAAGCUCCCAGGUGUUUCAAACUUAGAGAAGACCAAGGGACAGUAUUUUUUAUCAAAGGAAUCCUAUUUUUUCACACUACGAACUUGGUUGCUCUGAUUCCCCAGAGCCUGCCUGGGGGCCUCCCGGCCCUGGUGCUGGGCUCGCUCUCCGGCUGCUGCCAGGGUCUGGAAGCUGGAGAGGCCUCUCGGGCCGUGGACUUCCACACCCCUCACCCUUUCCCCUCUGCCGGCCCACCACCAGGGGGCUUCAUUUCCAUGGGAAGAGGCAGUGGUGGCCGUGGCCCCCAACUUAGGUGCUCCAGGUGGGCGGGCUGCUCAUGGAGGUGGGGGGGAGGGGAGGGGACCUUGGGAGGUCCAGGGACUCGACCACAUCGACUUCUUUUCUGUUACCCUGCUGGUGUGUGUUUUUCUCCCUCCUCAAAGGAUCAUAAUGGUUUUUGAAACACUCAGUGGGGGACAUUUUGGUGAAGAUGCAAUAUUUUUAUGUCAUGUGAUGCUCCUUCCUCACGUGACCUUGGCCGCUUUCUCCCAGUAGUCCACAGCUCCACCCUGACCUCGCCCACCCUCCUGGCACUGCAGCCCCAGGCCUUGAGCCUGAACAGCUGGACAAGGUCUGGUGGCUGGGGCGGAGUGCCGGCAAUAGUUGCUAGUAAAAUCCUGUGGGCUCUCAAAGCUGAUUUUUUACUGAAGUUUUUAUACAGCCUCAAGUUGUUUUAUUAAAAAAAGAUUAAAAAUGGCGAUGCUUACAGCAGUUUGUACAAGCUCUUAGUGUUGAUUCCAUGGAACUGAUGGCUUUGCUCAUAGAAAUUUUUUUCUCCCCCUUUUUUCCUAACAUUUUAAAUUCUGGAAUUACACUGGGGAUUCUUUUGCCUUUUUUAGCAGAAUGUCUGUCCAUCCAUCUGCAUCUCUGUCCUGCUGCUCAGGGGUGCCCGCUCUCUGCUCUGAUUCUCCUCCUUUGAAGGAAACCAUUUUAAGCAUGACUUUUUCUUAGUCUGGGAGUUAUUUUGGGUGACUUUUAGGGAGGAAUGUCUUUCGCAAUAAUGUCCCCUUCUGUGAUGGAGGGCAGGUGGGUGGACCCAGGCUCCCUUUGCACACUGAGCAGCCACUUCUAAGCCAUAUCGAACCGUUUUUGCAGGAUUCGUGUGUGCUGCCUCAGGAGGGAAGGGCCAGUCAAAGGGGAGGGCUCUCCACCUUGCCCUUCCAGAAGGCAGCUCCCCUGGCACCUUCUCCACAGGCUCUGGCCUCUCUUCCCUGCCCAGCAUGGUGGGCAAGUGAACAGUGCCUCUGUUGGGGUGUGUGGGGCGGGGAAGCCUAUAGCUAAAGGGCUCAGUGGACCUCUGGUGACUGGGCCUUAGACCUCCAAGUUGGAGUUUGCCCAGUGUCCCAGAGUCAGGAGCACAAGCAGGGCUGAGCUGGUGAGGUGAUUUCUGAUGACCUCAUCAAAAAAUAAACAAUCCCCAGUGUUGCAGGUGAAGGCUUAAAAGGCCUUCCAAACAGCUCUGUUGCCCUUAGCAACCCCACCAUCAGGCACUGCCACGCAAAGACAUGGCUGGCCCAGAAUGGCCUGUUGCCAUAGCACCCGGAGGCGAUGGGGCAGUGAACAGAAUAAUAACAGCAACAAUGCCCUUGGAGGCAGCCUCCUCCCCUGAGCGCCAGGCUGGCGAUGGUUGUUGGACUCUGAGGCAGAGAGCCAAUCUCACGUUCAAAUGCUCACCAACCACUGAUGUGUUUAUUUCCUUCUGAUUUUCAGAUGUGUUUUCUGCAUUCUGUAUAGAAACAUAUCAAACUAAAUAAAAGCAGUGUCUUUAUUACAA